AUGGGCAUCUUCUCCUAUGUAAGGAGCAUCUACGCCCUCGACACAAUCGACACACGCUUCACCAACUCCUCGUCCACUCCUUAUAAAGCGGUCCUUGAUGCACGCAUAGACCCUGCCACGUCGACAUCGAAACGAUACGACUCGAUCCAAGGGGAUGCCGUCAAGACGGAUCGCAAUGGCCGGCCUCUAGCAGAGCCUUCGAAAUGGAACACCCCGGAGUUUUACAUAUAUUAUAUUGUGUUUUUAACGGUUGUGCCAUACAUGUUCUGGAUCGCAUACGAUGUGUCAAGACCAUCUGAUCCGAAUUACCAUAAAUUCGAGCCAUAUCUGUCCCCAGGCUGGAUACCGGGUCGCAAGAUUGAUAUAUCCGAUGCCCAAUAUUUUACGUUCCGGCGCAACAUACCGUACAUGUCGAUCCUUCUAACGCUGCACCCUCUCGCUCGAAAAUUAUACAACCGCUUGCGGCCAAUACCCUCACGAAACAAUUCUCCGAAAGUGAAUGGCAGCUUGCCAUAUGGUUCAACAGCAGAAGGAGAAGCGCGGCUGGAGCAGCGAGCAUCCUUUGACUUUGGAUUUGCGGUAGUAUUUUUGGCGGCUUUGCAUGGAUUUUCGGUGUUCAAGGUCCUCUUGAUAUUAUACGCCAACUUUGUUAUUGCGACACGGCUUCCUCGAACUUAUAUUCCGGCAGCAACAUGGAUAUUCAAUAUCUCCACUCUCUUUGCCAAUGAGCUUUCGGCAGGGUAUCCGUUUGCGAAGAUUGCAUCGUUUAUAUGGCCGCUUGGAGCGGAUUCCGGAAACGCCUUGGUUAGCUGGGGCAGUUGGUUUGAUAGCCACAGUGGAAUUAUGCCUAGGUGGCAGAUUCUUUUCAAUCUUACCGUGCUGAGGCUUAUAAGCUUCAAUUUGGACUACUACUGGAGCCUUAGCCAACGAGGCGCCAGCGUAUUAGAGAAGAAACAACUCGACCCUGCUAACCUCUCCGAAAGAGACCGCAUCAACAUUUCCGCCAACGCAAAGGAUUACAAUUUCCGCAACUACGUCGGGUACGCCAUCUACGCGCCAUUAUACCUCGUUGGCCCAAUCGUAACGUUCAACGACUACAUAUCCCAGAUCAAGUAUGCACCAAAGACCAUCGAAACUUCUCGGACUAUCAAGUACGGAAUCCGGUUUCUACUCACUCUGCUCGCUAUGGAGGUCCUCCUGCAUUACGACUACUGCAUCGCAAUCUCGAAAGCACACCCCACCUGGUCCGAUUACACCCCGGCGCAGAUCUCGUUACUCUCAUAUUUCAACCUUCACGUAUUAUGGCUAAAACUUCUUCUUCCUUGGCGAUUCUUCCGUCUUUGGGCUCUUAUUGACGGUAUGGACCCUCCAGAAAACAUGCUCCGCUGCCUCUCCAACAACCCAUCCACUGUCGCAUUCUGGCGGGCCUGGCACCGAAGCUUUAACCGUUGGCUGGUUAGGUAUAUAUAUGUACCUCUGGGAGGUUCCAGCUCAAGGACCUGGAUAUCGACUGUGCGGUCUGUUAUCAAUUAUGCUGCUGUGUUUACGUUUGUGGCGUUAUGGCAUGAUAUCAGUCUGAACCUAUUGAUCUGGGGAUGGCUGAUUGUGUUCUUCAUGAUGCCGGAGGUUAUUGCGGGGUAUCUGUUUCCAAGAAAGAGAUGGGAGAAUAAUCCUACGGCAUACAGGGUGCUGUGUGGGAUUGGGACCGUUGGAAAUUUGGUUAUGAUGGUCACGGCGAAUUUAGUAGGGUUUGCAGUAGGUGUGGACGGCUUGAAAAGUAUUAUUAGUGGGAUUUUCAAGGAUUACUCAGGUAUCGUGUUCAUACUCACCGCAUCAUCGGCGUUGUUUGUGGGUAUUCAAAUCAUGUUCGAAGUACGGCAAAGCGAAGCGAGGAAAGGCAUUUUCCUCAAGUGUUGA